GCAGUCUGAAGCUCACACGUGGACGGACACUAGGCCCGCGAUGCCUCAUAUCGCUGUGGCCUCACCAGAGAUUAGAGCGAUCGUAACCGAUCUCGAUAAAUCUACACCACGUUGUGCGUCGCCUACGAGUUCUUUGGACGAGGAAGUUGAAGUCGAGUUGCUGGACUCCGUCUUUAAGAUCGACUGUGCCUUAGCGGAGAGUGGCAACAACAUGGAGGCAGAGAGCGAGGUAGAGCAGCUGCGACGCGCCAACGAGCAGCUACGUAGUGAGGUAGCAGAUCUUACGAGUGCGUUGCUGGCACGAGAUCUAGAGCUCGUGCGGCUAAGAGACCGCUGCCAGUUUCUCACCACUGCAGUGGAGCAGCAGGACGAGGUGAUUGCGAAGAUUUACGCCAGUACAGCAGCUGCAACUGCGAAUAAAGAGUCCAUGGUGACGGCGUUGCCGUCACCUUCGACAGUGGGGAGCAUCUUGGGGAGUGGUCUGGUAACAGGAAAGCUCAAGUAUAACUCGAAACAGACUGAAAAGAGAACGCUGCUGAGCUCAAUGAAGAGCUACCCCGGCGCUGUGGGCUUGGCAGACCCGUUGGACGAACCCCAGUUCGAUUCGAAGCAGCAAAUGUCGCUGGAAGUUGAGAAACUCGGCAAAGACGCUGUGAAAAUUGAUCUGGAUCAGCUGCCGUACACGCCACGAGGUCCUGUCAGUUCGCAUAAUCACAGUGCGACUGCCAGUGUUUAUAGUUCGAGCAGCACUGCGACCGCGUCGUCGUCCUCGUCCCUUUUUGGAGAUACUGGAGAGCCAGUGUCGAAGCCCCCGCGAUCGUGGAGCUCUCCUAUUGUCAAACGGCGGCCGUCGCUCGAGCGGCAAGACAGUAGCCCCACAGAGGAGGUGUUCGCGAGGUCAGCAGGCUUUCUGCGCAAAUCCAACCGCACCAUGUCUGGCCGUUUGAGCGUGAGCGACCUAGGACUCCUCCACAACGAUGACGAUAUCGACAGUAACCAGACGGAAGAAGCAGCAUCGUUGACUGCUCCCACGCAGGUGAAGGAUGAGGGGAACUCUCUUGGUCUGGGGGACAAUGGGGCAUCCGGACUAUCGACAAAAAGCCGCAACCUUUUUGCUGGAGUUGAUGAAGCCCUGAAAGCUAAGAAAAAAGCGAGUUCGGACCCAACCGAUGGAGAGGAGGACAGCUUAACAUACGGCGAGUUCCUACAGCGCAUCAGUCUGCCCGCUUCUCGAGACGUCCUGGACAAGAUCCGCAUGUUUGUAGGCUCCAUCCUUGGACCUCGUGGCGACGGACGACCCCCACGCUCGACGGACUACGUGGGUCAGCUCAAGGAGUGCCAGCAGUGGGUGAAAGAAGAUGAAGCUCUGCUGCGACGUAUGCAGCUGUUGUCGUUUAUUACGCCGGAGAUGUUAGAUAUCAAGCCGUGUAUGCGCAAUGAGGUCGUCUGGUCGAUGGCGGAGGACGAAUUGCGACGAAUCAACUCGUUCCGAUCGCCAGGAGACAAAAUCAAUUGCAUAGUUCGAUGCUGUAGCGUGAUUUUUAGUGUGCUCAAUUUGUCGCGAGGAGACUCCGGCAGUCGUCCAGGAGCCGAUGACUUUCUGCCAGUUUUUAUCUACAUCGUGCUGCACUCGCAGAUUCCUCGACUGCAUUCCAACUGCGAGUACAUUGCAGCGUACCGGAACCAGGCCGACUUGAUGUCAAAGGCUGGAUACUGCUUCGUGAACUUGCGUAGUGCUGUUGAGUUCAUCAUGGCGAUGGACGGGUCUAUGUUGUCGAUCUCGGACGACGAGUUCAAAAGGGAACGAGAAAAGUCGCUGCUGAAGGCUUGA